ACGCAACAAGACGUCUCAGCAAGAACUGGUUGUUUUGUGUUUCUGCUCGAUUUUUUAUUGUAAUUGGCACAUUCAGUCUUUCCUUCUUAGGUGUUGUUUAUUAAUUAUUUGAGCACAUUUGUGCAACGGUAAUUUCCACGUAGCAAAAACGAAGAUGACAUCUAAAAUCAAAGUGGGGAAGGCUGGCUCCAAGAGCAAGGAGGAUGCUCCAUAUGAGUUGGAGAGUCAGUUUAUUCUGAGGCUUCCUAUGGAGUACGCCUCAACAGUAAGAAGGAUUGCCCAGUCCAGCAGUAUGAACAUGAAAGAUAGACUCACCAUCGAGUUGCACCCUGAUGGUCGCCAUGGUAUAGUGAGAGUGGACCGUGUCCCUCUUGCCUGCAAACUGGUGGAUCUGCCCUGUAUGAUUGAGUCUCUUAAAACAGUGGACAAGAAGACAUUUUACAAGACUGCGGAUGUCUGCCAGAUGCUGGUGUGUACUCUAGAUGGAGACCUUUACCCUCCUUUAGAAGAGCCCACUGGCACCGACCCAAAGAGCAAGAAGAAGGACAAAGACAAGGACAAGAAAUUUGUUUGGAACCAUGGCAUCACCUGCCCUCUGAAGAACACACGCAAGAGAAGAUUUCGGAAGACUGCAAAAAAGAAGUACAUUGAAUCGCCUGACGUGGAAAAGGAGGUGAAGAGACUGCUGAGCACAGACGCUGAUGCUGUCAGUGUUCGGUGGGAAAUAAUAGCAGAGGAUGAAUCCAAGGAUGCUGACCAGCAUGGCUCUCUUGCUAACCUGGACUCAUCACCUGGCACCUCAGGACACAAAAUGGGCCAUGGGUCCUCUGUCCAGCGUGACGAACUGAGGGAGAUUUUCAACGACAUCAGUAGCUCCAGCGAGGAUGAGGAGGACGAAGGGGACCGGCACGAGGAUGAGGACCUGAAUAUCAUGGACACGGAGGACGAUCUGGUCCGACAGAUUCAAGAGAAACUCAACGAGUCUGAUGCUGUGCAACAUGAAACCGAUAGAAACAACCAGAUAGUGAUGGAGUAUCAGGUGCAGAUCAACGGCAUCAAGUCCAAGCUCCAGGAAACCCGCGCCCGAAAGAAACAGCAGGAGGAGCUCAUCAUGAAAGUGGAAAACCAGGCCCUCAAAAACCGCUUCCAAGCCUUGUUGGAUGAGAUUAUUCAGCAGGAGGAGCGGGAGAUGGAGCAGCUGGCCUCCCUGCAGGAGCAGCUGGACUCACUGAUAGAGAAGUGACCACCAGGGGGCAGCCUCAUGUCAUCUUCAGCCACACUCACUCAAAGAGGGGGAUUGGAGUCUUCAUCCAGGGAGGAGUCUUUAUUAGAUAACUUGCUGUGUCAUUCCUUUCAAUUUGUCAUUUUUGUGAAUUACUCAUCGAGCAUACAGCUUUGUGUAUAAAAAAUGUAAUGUUUUUUUUAUUAAAUUGACAGAAUAUGCUGUUAGUUACUCAAUGAUUAAAGUUUUUGUUUGGCUUCAA